AUGAAGAAGAAAUUAGGUUUACUAGUUGUAUUACUAGUCACAGCUAGAUUGUGUGAAAGUUACAGUGAUUCUGAAGAAAGUGAAGAGAGCACUAGUGUCUCGUCUAUAAAUAAUAGUGAUUCAUAUGACAGUAAAGGAUAUUUUACAGUCACAGCAAAUAGAUUACUAAGACUCAACAAACUUUAUCGAGUGUCAAUUCAAUUUCAAGGAUAUCAAAGUGAAAAAAUAAUUAAAGUUGGAAUUAAGAAUAAAAAUUUUGAGGAAUUUAAGGAAGUGACGUUGCAUAAAAGCGGCAGCAAAACUGUAGAGUUCAAUCUUAAAGAUCAUCAUAUUGGUGAUUAUAAGCUCGAGGUCAAAAGCAUCACAGGAGAUAAUUUUGAAUCAUCGCGUCGCAUUGAAAUUGUCAAAAAGAAAUUUUCUGUGUUUAUUCAAACUGACAAAUCAAUUUAUAAGCCGGCUGAUAAGGUUCAGUUCAGAAUUUUGCUACUUGAUGCUGAUACGCGUCCAUUUAAUGCCUCAAAAGUGAAAAUAUUCAUCACAGACGGUGACGAUAAUCGCGUGAAGCAAUUUGAUAGUCCGAAAUUUGUCAAAGGCGUCUAUCAGAAUGAAUUGCAGCUUUCAGACUUGCCGGUUAUGGGAAAAUGGAAGAUUCACGUGAAAGUGAAUGACAAAAAGGAUGAAAAGAAGGAAUUCAAAGUUGCUGAAUAUGUUUUGCCUAAGUUUGAGUUUACAAUUGAUGCAAAUCCAGAUGCAAACUUUAAGGACGGAAAAAUCAGAGCCACAGUUAAAGCAAAAUACACUUUUGGAAAGACUGCAAAGGGAAAUGCAACAAUCACAGCUUCAAGAGAAGCACCAACAUGGUCAUACUAUGGAAAUAAUCAUAAAGAAGUAUCUAAGACAAUUGAUAUUGAUGGCAAAAAGAUUGUCGAGUUUGAUAUUGAGAAAGAUCUUGAUAUCAAAGACAAGCAUCGAGAAUAUACAGUUGAUCUUCGUGCAACAUUUACAGAGGAACUUAGCGGUAAGGAACAGAAUGCAACAGCAAAAGUUCAAAUCCAUAUCACACCUCACAAAAUGGAAUUCAAGAAAAGUGGUGAAAAAUUCAAGCCUGGACUUCCUUACAAAGUAACAGCAAUACUGAAAUAUCAUGACAAAGAUGCUCCAAUUACAGAUUCACAAAAUCCUGUCAAAUUCACGAUUAAAAAUUAUCGAACUGUUAAAUCAAAAUGUAAAAGAUAUGGAGGAUUUGGUUAUUAUCCAUCAUCAGCACGAACGUACAGAGGUCCGUGGGAUACUGACUAUACUACUCGUAAGCCAGAAGAGUAUGAUUGCGAUAAAGAAACUUCUACAGUUGAUGAGAAGAACGUUUAUCCGAAAAAUGGAAAGGCAGAGCUUGAGCUUGAUGUUGAUUCAGCUGUUGAACGAUUCCAUGUUGAGGCAAAAUAUUUGGACACAGUAAAAAGCAUUUCAAAUGUCCCAAAAGCAGAGUCAAAGAAUGAUGAAUUCCUUCAAAUUAAGGCACUGACUAAAAAACCAAAGCUUAACAAUCCAAUUCAAAUUGAAGUUCAUGGCACGAAAGAAUUAAAAGAAAUUUCAUAUCAAGUUAUUGGAAUAGGAAGUGUUGUUGAGUCCAAAACUAUUUCAGUGCCUAGUCUCAAGAAAACUGAGUUGACUUUUACAGCAACUGAUGAAAUGGCACCAACUUCUUAUGUUAUUGUCUAUUACAUCACAACAAAUGGUGAAAUAAUUUCAGACAAACUUAAAAUUGAGCUUGAAAGUGACUUAAAAAAUCCAAUUGACAUUCAGCUCUCAGCAAAUCAAUUAAAGCCAUCAGAAGCUCUUGAUAUAAGAGUAAAGACAAUGCAAGAUUCAUUUGUUGGACUUUUGGGAGUUGAUCAAAGUGUGUUGGUUCUUAAGAAAGGCAAUGAUAUUGAAAAGUCGAAAGUCAUGGAAGAACUGAAAGAAUUUAACAAAGGAACUGAUUCAUAUGAGAAUCGUGACAUCUAUAGAGAUUUUAAGGACUCUGAUGUUCUAAUAAUAACUAAUGCUAUUUCUGAAUAUAAGAAGCCCUAUGUCCCAAAAUCACCGUAUUAUCCUGGAACAAGACCUUAUUACAUGUCAAACGGAUUUGGCGGAUUUGGUUUUCGAUCAAGUCCAUCUUACAGCAACAAUGGUCCUUUUGGUUCUUUUGGUUAUUCAGGUGGAUUUGGUGGUUUUGGAGGCUCAGCAGCUAAUGCAGCAGCGAGUUCUCAAUCAUUUAAUACUGGUGGAUUUGGACUAGCAGCUCCACAAUCAUUCAAUCCACAACCUACAUCGCUUUCAUUUGAUUCUGGAAUAGGAUCCAUUGAACAUAUAAGUGAUUCUCAGCCAAAAGAAACGAAACAAAGAGCAAAGAAACCAAUUGAAGUUCGAACAGAAUUCCCGGAAACGUGGCUUUUUGAAAGCUUUGAUCUUAACCCAAAUGAAACAUCAAAAGUUUUAUCGAUCAAAGCACCAGAUACAAUUACGUCAUGGAUAAUUACAGGAUUUUCAGUUAAUCCAACUUAUGGUUUAGGAUUAACAAAAGAAGCUUCAACAUUGAAUGUCUUUCAACCAUUUUUUGUGUCCACAAAUUUGCCAUAUUCAAUAAAACGUGGUGAAGUUGUUGCUAUUCCAUUUACAGUUUUCAAUUAUAUGCAAGAUGAUCAAGAAGUUGAAGUCAAGUUCUUUAAUGCUGAUCGAGAAUUUGAAUUUGUGGAAGUAAAUGAGGAAGAAAAUGAAGUCAAAAAUAGAAGAAAGAAGCGAGGAGUUGAAUUGGAACGAAAGAAAAAUGUUUUUGUAAAGUCAAAUGAAGGAACAACUGUCAAGUUCAUGAUCAGAUCAUUGAGGGUUGGAUAUAUUACAAUUAAAGUAACUGUUGAGUCUCAAGUUGCUGGUGAUGGAGUUGAACAGAAGUUGCUUGUUGUGCCUGAAGGAGUCACACAGUUCAUGAACGAAGCAAUUUUGGUUGACUUGAGAAACAGUUCAGAAUACAAGACAUCGAUUGAAAUUAAAGUUCCAAAUAAUACAGUUGAGGAUUCAACAAGAAUUGAGGCAGCUGUAAGUGGCGAUCUACUUGGACCAUCAAUUGAAAACUUGGAUAAGCUGAUUAAGUUGCCUUACGGAUGUGGAGAACAGAACAUGGUGAACUUUGUUCCAAACAUUGUAGUCUUAGACUACCUGACUAGUGUCAAUAAACUUACUGCAGAAAUUGAAGAAAAGGCAAAGAAGCAUAUGGAAUCAGGAUAUCAAAGAGAACUCGGUUAUAAGCAUGAUGAUGGAUCUUACAGUGCAUUUGGAAAAAGCGAUCAAUCUGGCUCAACAUGGCUUACAGCAUUUGUUAUCAAGUCAUUCAACCAAGCAUCAAAAUACAUUGAAAUUGAAUCUGAUGUGAUGAAUCAAGGCUUGAAAUUCUUAUCAAAAACACAGAAAAGAGACGGAAGUUUCCCAGAAGUUGGAUACAUUUUAUCAUCAUCAUUACAAGGAGGAGCAUCAAAAGGAAUCGGAUUAACUGCUUAUGUCUUGACAACAUUUUUGGAAGCUCACAAUGCAGAAAAGUAUAAAGAAGUAGUCAUGAAAGGUUUUAGAUAUAUUUUGGACAAUGUUGACGAGUUGAAUGAUAAUUAUUCAUUGGCAAUUGCUUCAUAUGCCUUACAACUUGCUAAAGAUUCUACAUAUGACCAAAUAAGAAACACAUUGCUUGAAAAACUUGAGACUAAAGCUGAAAAUGAAGGCCAAUUGAAAUAUUGGAAGCGAGAAUCAGGAAAGAAAUCAAGCAGACCUAAUUCAAUCAAUAUUGAGAUGACUUCAUAUGCUUUAUUAUCAUAUCUUGAAGCUGGGCGCUAUGCUGAUGGAUUUGCAAUUGGAAAAUGGCUUAUAACACAAAGAAAUGAGAAUGGAGGAUUCCAAUCAACUCAAGAUACAGUUGUUGGACUUCAAGCAUUAGCUAAAUUGGCAUCAAAAGGUUCUGAUCAGAAUGACAUUAAGAUCAAUAUCAAAACAGAUGAAAAGAAUUUGGACAUAAAUGUGAAUUCUGAUAAUUCAUUGGUCUUGCAGAAAUUCGAACUGCCUUCAAAUUCAAGACAUUUUGACAUCACAGCAAAUGGACAAGGUUCUUGUUUGCUUCAAAUCGCUUAUAGAUAUAAUAUUGACAAUUCGAAGAAACGUCCACGAUUCACGUUAGAACCUAAAAUUGGACCUGGAUCACAUAAAGAAUAUUUGCACAUGACUGUGUGCACAAAAUUUGUUCCUGACUCAUUUGCAACAAAAUCUAAUAUGGCUGUGAUGGAAGUGACACUUCCAAGUGGAUUUACAUUUGAUACUGAUCAUAUGAAGGAUUUGAAGGCAACCAGACGAGUUAAGAAAGUCGAAACUCAAGAUUCAGACACAAUUGUGAUUAUUUACUUUGACGAUAUUGACGGAACUGAAAUUUGUCCAGAAUUUAAAGCUUAUCGAACUCACGGAGUUGCAAAACAGAAGCCAUCGCCGAUCAUUAUUUAUGACUAUUAUGAUAAUUCUCGCCAUGCUCGAGUUUUUUACAACUCACCAGAAGUUUCUCUUUGCGACAUUUGCGGCGAUGAAGAUGAAUGCCAAAGUGCAUGUGAAACAACUGAUAUUGAAAUUGAAUAA